CAAACUCCUCGCGACCUACAAAAAAAAAAAAAAAAAAAAAAAAAAGGAGAGAGAGCGAGUAGAGAUUUCGUCUGCGAUUUUUCUCCCGCCGCAUUUCUCGCACGUUUACGACUAAAAGCUUCUACGCAGUCUGUAUUGCCUCGCGAGGAGAAGGAAAUCGCCGCGUUUUGAUUGUUCGUGAGGGAGCAGAAAGCGUCCGCGGUCUUUGUUCAUUCAUUGCAUCGCUCGGGUUCCCUUUGUUGAACCAGCAUGGGUGCACAAAUCUCCAAAAACGCCGGAAAGGAGGAAGCUGCGGUGGAGAAACCCGGCGAGGCUGCGGCUUCGACGGCAGCUGCCAAGAGUAAUGGACAGGAGAACGGCCACGCCAAAACCAACGGAGACGCCUCCCCGGCAGCUGAGGAGGCCAACAAGGCUGACGUCCAGGCCAACGGCAGCACCCCCACCCAGGAGGCGCCCAAGGAAGACUGUGACAAGGCAGAGGAAGCCGAGAAGGAACCUGGCGCCGCCACAAAUGGCGAGGCGGCCGCCAAGCCCGAGGAAGUCGCAGAGGACGGCAAGCAAAAGAAGAAACGCUUCUCCUUCAAGAAGCCUUCCUUCAAGCUGAGUGGCUUCUCUUUCAAGAAAACCAAGAAGGAGUCCGAAGAGGAGGAGAAGGCUGAGGGUGAAAAGGCGGAAGGGGAGAAGACGCCGGCCCAGGAGGAGGGUGCUGCGGCAGCAGUAGAGGAGGAGAAGGCCGAAGGGGAGAAGGCGCCAGCAAAGGAGGAGGUCAAGGAGGAGGCCAAGGAAGAGGCCGUGCCUGAGGAGCCCAAAGCCGACGAGGUGGCGAAGGAGGAAAAACCGGCAGAAGCCUCUUCACCAGCCGAACCAGAGGCUGCUGCAGCCGCCAGUCCAGAGGCCCCCGAAACCCCCGCCCCAGCUGAAUAAUUCUACUGAAGAACACACCAGAAUGAAGGAGGCGCAAGGAGCCCAUCUGAACGAAUGCGAGGACUUGUCUGAAACCAGGGAUUUUCUUUCUCCUUAUCAUUUUUUUGUCUUAAUUUUUUUUUCUACAUCUCAUCCAUAAUGACUGCAAUAUAGGCUCUGGGAGGAGACUAUGCUUGCAUUCGUGGGUGAACGUGCGACUGUGAGUGUGAAUGUUUUGGGCGUUUUUUUUUUUUUAUUUU